UUUCAUACCACAACCACGUAGUUUCAUUAGUUUUCUCUUAUAUUUGGAAGAAAUGGCCGAAGCUCAAGGCAGCAGUCCUCAGGGACAAGAUGUGGCAGCCAAGUUAGCAGAAUAUGAAAAAAAGUUUCAAGAAAAAGAUAAGGAAAUAGAAAACUACAAAAAACGCGUCGCACAAUUAGAAGAUGAGCUAGCGAAAGCCCAAAAGCUCAUACUCCAAAGCGUCAAGGAAUCCGAAGAAGUGGAUGCUCUAAAAUCGGAAUCCGAGAAAACUUUAACCAAAGCAAAGAGCAUUAUCUUCGAAAGGACAAAAGUCAUCAAAAACCAGGAACUACAGAUCGAAGCCUACAAUCAACAAAUCGAAUCCCUAAAAGACGUCAUACGUAUAACCAAAGACCUACUCGAAAUCCGUAAUUUAGAAGUUAAGCAACUGGAGGGCAAAAUCAACUGCAUGGAAGAGAGAAUGAAAGGUGAAAAGGAACGUCAAGACCUCUUGCAUAAAAAAUUAGAAACUAUGAUUCGGCACAACGGGGAGUUAAAAAGGGAGUACGAAACGCAGCUUUGCUUAUUUUCCGCUUUACGUGAAAGGUACAAUGAGAGGGAGCUCGCGAGAGGCGUUGUCGACACCAUGACGGGUAGACAAACUAGUCAAAUUCCGCCUGCUAUAAACGGAGAGGAAAAUGCAACCACUGAAGUGGUUAAGGAAGAUAGUAAGCCCGAUGAAGCACAAGCUGCGGAACCUCUCGAUAGUAACAGCCCAGAAAAGAGUGCUGAUCAACCUAGCACUAGUUCAGAAAGCACCGAUCAACCGCCAGAGGCCAAAUAGGGAUCCAUUUCUUGAAAUGUGGUUUUUAUAAGUCUGUUUUAUAAAAUUAACUGGUUUUUAAGCGACUAAUAUAUUAUACAUAAAGAA